GCCGGCCCUCGCCCAAGGUGUCCUGGUGGUUCGGCGACGCCGUCAUCGACGACUCGUGGGAAUCCGUGGCGGCGGGCGUCGUGUCCAACACUUUGGUGCUGACGCCCCUAACACGCGCGCAGGCACAUUCCGUUCUCACCUGCAAGGCCGCCACCGCGCCCGUGGCCGUCACCACCGCCACGGUCACCAUUGACAUGUACCUCAAACCGGUCUCGGCGACCAUCACCGGUCCAGCUGCGACCGGCUCGGUCCGGGCCGGGGACAUGCUGGACCUGACCUGCACGGCGCGCGGGUCGAGGCCGCAGCCCAUCAUCACCUGGUACAAGGGCGCGACGCUCAUCCGCACCGAGAACACGAACACGAAGGACGCCGUGACGGGCGUGGGCGGCGUGAGCCACGUGAGGGUGAAGGUGGACCGCCGAGACAACGGAGCGAGGAUCACCUGUCGAGCCACCAACCCAGACCUUCCGCGUCACAACAUUCAUGAUAAUAUCGUCAUCAACGUUACCUAUGCCCCCGAGGUGGAGCUCCGCAUGGGAGCACAGCUGGACGGCACGGUGGUCAAAGAGGGCGCGAGUCUUUACCUGACAUGCCACGUGGACGCCAACCCUCCUCCGCACACGCUCACUUUCAUGCACGAGGACACGGAAGUUCGCCAGGACAAGGCCGCGGGGGUGAUGAUCAAUGUGAAUAAUUUGGUGCUCAGUAAAGUCAGAAAAACACAAGCUGGGCAUUAUUACUGCAAAGCUACCAACUCUGAGGGGACUGGUGUUAGUCCGCCUGUGAAUAUAACUGUGCGUUACGCUCCCGUGUGCGCCGAGGCCAAGGACGUGUGGGCGGAGCCGGGCAACACGGUGACCGCCCGCUGCCGCGUGAACGCCUCGCCGGAGGACUCGAUCUCGUUCUCAUGGGUGUGGGUCACCAACUCGUACACCCGCCGCGUCAUCCCUUCGCACAUCACUUCCGAAGGCUCCGCGUCCAAGGUGGAGUUCACGGUGCCUCGGGACAACAUUACGGAGCUGGGAUCCAACAACAGGAUGGGCGCCCUGCAGUGCUGGGCCGAAAACUCCGUGGGCCGCCAGGACACACCCUGCAUCGUCGCCGUCAGGAAGCCAGCCCUGCCGUCGGCGCCGGUGAACUGCAGCCUGACGGGCGCGGGGCGCGAGGUGGUCACCGUGAACUGCGAGCCGGGCGACCACCCGUCGAUGCCGCAGACCUACCUGCUGCAGAUCUACGAGACCAACACCAAGAAGCUCUACCGCAAUGUCACCAGUAAAACGCCCAAGUUCAUCGUCCGCGGACUCACCUCCGGCCAGGACUACAUGGUGUACGUCUCGUCCCACACGUCCUACGGCAGGAGCCCCUACAGCCUCGUGGAAGCCUUCACCUUCAAGACCGCAGAGAACCGUAUGCGUGAGUUCCCUUCAGGUGUUGGUGUGGGGGGAGGCGGAGGGGGAGAGGGGGGAUGGGAGAUGGGUGGGUGUGGAAGAAGUGGAUCAUGA